AUGAGACAGAGUUUGGCGUCAAUGGCUGAAGAACCCAACACUUCAAUGUCAGUUCUCGCCUCCCAAAUAUGCAAUCAAAUAAGCUCCGUUUUCACCGCACACACCUCAAAACCACCUGCCAUGAACGUUCUAGUGGAGGAAAUCGCCGCCGCCGCCGCCAGCCGUAACGGAAAAGUCUUCGUCUAUGGCGUAGGCAGAGAAGGUCUGAUGCUUAAGGCCCUAUCCAUGAGACUCUUCCACCUUGGCCUCUCAGUUCACUGCAUCUUCGACAUGACCACUCCCCCAAUUUCCUCUCUCGAUCUCUUAAUCGCCUCUGCCGGUCCCGGUGGUUUCUCCACCGUCGACGCUAUAUGCAGCGUGGCGAAAUCCAACGGCGCUCGUGUUCUCUUACUUACUGGUCAGCCUGAAUCCGGAUCCUCCGUGAAGUAUGCAACUGUGGUAGCCCACAUACCGGCUCAAACAAUGGCGGACGAUCGGGAUCACGAUCGAAAGGGGGAAAGUGAAUCCAGACCGUUGCUUCCAAUGGGGAGUCUAUAUGAAGGGGCCAUGUUUGUGUUGUUCGAGAUUGUGGUUUUCAAAUUGGGUGAGAUUUUGGGGCAGAGCCCUGAUGACGUUCGAGCUCGCCAUACCAAUCUAGAGUAA